AUCAGACGGAAUGUAAUGACAUCACACAGGUGUGCGUGAAAUUCGAAAGGUUGGUGAGCGAGACAGUCGUCAAGCUGGUUGUGUGUUACUUUGAGGGAGGUUUCAGCAGAAGAAAUAUUGAGUAGGACAUUAGCGACAGCGAAUUCUACAUUCCACGUCAAAAUGACCACGACAUCGAACAUGUGCGGGCUGAAAGAAGACGAAAAGCCAUCAUCGAGAGUGCUGAGACCCCCAGGUGGUGCGUCCAGCGACAUCUUCGGGACAAGUACUGCUCCUACAAGUGCUCCACGACAGCAGAACCAGAGGAACGGAUCCAACAUCUUCGGCGGGCCCGAGGAACCUUCUCCAUCGCGUGCCCAAGCCAACAAUAGCUCUCAGUCCAAUUUGUUUGGAAUGGAGCCACAUGUUCUGGCAGGGAAAGGCCGCAAUCAGAGUAGGGGCAAGUUCAACCCCAUCACUGGAGAACCUUACGAGGAUGCUGUAUCCCCCGCUGCAGCCCCAGCAGCUCCUGUUGUGAAGCAGCAGCAGGAGCAGCAGCCACAGCCACAGCAACCGCAACAGACGGCCAGCCCCUCAGCUGCUGCAUCAGACCAAAGUGGCCAGGGUGACGCCAGCCUCCAGGCCGGAGAGGGCAAGGCACAGCCCGGGGUGCACACCUCCUCCCGAGUCCUCAACCCCCCUGGGGGUGUGGCCCACAAACUGUGGUGAACUCAUGUUUGGACUUCCGGCCCGCUUGGUGCAUAUAGCUUGGUCACUUGAGCUGGCUGCUUCCUGAAGGAGCCCUAUCGUUGACAUGGAUGUAUCAUUCUCCACACAACAACUGAAGCCACAACUCCAAGUCAGGAUACCAGCUCAGUUCGUGUUGGUUUCUGUUGAGUUUGAGAAAAUAGCUUGUAUAUUAUGAUUUCUGUUACUGUUCUUUCAUACCUGGAUUUUUAUGAAUAUUGACAUAUACACAUGCUUUGCUCUUUGAGUUUGGAUAAACUGUAUUUACUGUGGGUUUGGAUCAAAUCAGCAAAGCUUCUGUAAACAUUUCUUUGUAUGCUUAUUUGAUGGUUUCAAGUCAGCGCCUCAUCUGGCAGCACUGCCAACUGUUCUAAUAUUUUCAUUUAAAUGUUUAAAUUGUAAGUUCUUGCCACCAGCAUUUUCCAUGUGAAAUUACAAUUACGUCUUCUCAUCGGAAACGCUUUCAGUGUUCAUUGACUUUGAGUGCAUCCAUGUUUGACAGUGGCGUUUAAACAUGAAGGGAGGUAGUUUGAAUACUCAACUACAAGCAGGGUCUGCUCAGGCUUCCAUACAAACUAUUUGCACGUUUUUGCCAAAAGGGAUCAAUUUUUGUACCCAUUUAGUUCCUAAAUGUUUCUAACCAAUAUUAGGUAACUAGAUAGUUUCGGUAUUAGGGCUGCUAUUAUUUGACAAAACCUGCAGUCUCAAGGUAUAGGGAGUUUGUAAUGUCGUUAUUUUGAUUUCAUUUGUUCCAUACAUUUUAAAUCAAAUGAUAAACUAUUGGAUGUGGUGUUUGAGCCACAAAUGUGAAUAUGAUGAAUUGUAAAUAACCCACAAAAAGUUUUUACCUCAAACGCACAGUUUGAUAUAUUUGCUGUUCACCCAUAAGUCAUUUCUGUGUGCCUGUUCACAAUUUCAAACAAUAUUCUGACGAUUAUUGCUGGUUGAGUCGCCAUGACAAGGUCCACAGUUGGUUUACAACAAAGUGAUGUGGGUGAAUUUCGUUUCAUUCGUUGAUUAUAUUGUACAGUUACGCUUACUGUAAACUGAAUGUUGAUGGUAGAAUCCAUUAAUGCCGUUCUAUGUGACAAGCAUGGCAUUGUAGACUGUCUCGCACGUUGUGCAAUAUGACCUGUGUUACUCAUCUUAAAUCUGCAUUUAACAUCAAAGUACACAAGACAACUAAGUUCGAUCUCUGAAAGUGCAUUCCUCUUGAUUUUUCCUGAUCUGAAUUGACCAUCUAUUUCUCACCUGCUGUCGACCAUCAUGUCACUAUUUUCUGUAAUUUUUAUGCAUACAUCAUAUAUUUAUUUAGCCAUUGUAAAAUAGGAGAUGUCAAUGAUACAAUGGCAUUGUUAUGAAAUAUUUUCUGUCAAGUGCUGUUUUCUUGUCUCUUCACGAUGAUAUGGUUCAGGUAUGUAAACUUGGAUUUGCCCAUGCUUUCUGUCGAGAGAGCCAGCUCCCUCUGGAGACGGGGCAGCCCACUGACAGUUGUCUGCCCUUGACUGGUCUCUACUUUGCUGUCCUCAAUAAACCUAUUCAUCUUACAGCAUA